AUGGACAAACCAAACGCUCGUAAUUUUGACGAUUUCACGAAGUUCCUCAAUGCUAUAAUCACCUACGUGGAGCACAAUGAAGAAAAAGGAUCGGAUCUGUCUAAGACUGCAACAGACGCCGCGGACAUGAUAGAAGAUUGGGCCGUGACCUCAGAACAAGCGAACUUCUUCCAGGCCGACGUAAACACCAUUCGAGGUGAAGCGACUUACGGAAUGCUUAUCUUUAAGCUCAAUUGGCUUAGAGACAACAGGAAAGAGGAUAAGCGAGCGGAUGAUUUACCUAGAGACUGGCUAAGGGGUUACGGAGGGGUGGAGAAGAGGAGAAUGCUGAACGAUGUGGACCAUUUCCCACUUAGAUACAUGCAAUUGUGGUGUUAUGCCCUGAGAAACUUUCCUUACAUUGACGACAGAAAAUUUAACGCUCUAAGGGCCGACAUGGACUCCACUAGUACAAGUCUUCGACUGAAGUAUAAUAGCGAUUUUGGCAGACUCGCACGCCACGCACUAUCACUCGGCUUUUCCUUAAAAAAAGGAGUGAUACAUGACGCUAGUAACACGAAUGCGCAUAACUUCGAUGUGGUUUCCUUAGAAAAGCCUGAACUAAGCACUAACAAUGAAGGUCUUCCAGAGAAAGAACGAUCUAAUCGUCCUUACGAGCGUUCAUUUCAUCGCAACCGCAGCUUUAUCACCUUGGAAAAAGUCGUGGCGAUCCACCUUCAAACUUGUGGAGCGUAUCCUACGCCAUUCGCGGUAACGAGAGACAUGAUAUUUCGCUUUUGGGGAGACAUUCUUCCUCCGAGUGAAAGCACUACUGGACAACGUAACGUCCAACAUGAGUCGGAUGCCCAAGACGUACCGGCUCCAGAUGGAGACACUACGGCGAACGAAGUUGCAGGCCCAGAAUUCAAGAAGGAACACUUCGAUGCUCACACAGGCCUGGAUCAGCAUGACCAUUCGAGCACAAACCUCGUGGUGAGCUCUAAACGCAAAACAGGAUUCCCGGGUCCUGAUUUCCAGACACUCCUUGACGAUAAGUCAACUGCACUGACACCGCGGCGAAGAGAGCAGAAGGCAUCACACACAGGCGGCCGUAAGAGGGACUCUCAAGAUAACGAGAUGACCAUCCCCAUAACAGAAUCUGCAACGAAUGGACAAGCGCAAAUACCCGGCUAG